GUUUUUUUCAUCGAAAGUUCUACAAGUUCGUAGUUUUUUUUAUCAUGGAGAACUACCACAUCUUGGAGCGUAUCGGCGAAGGGUCUUUCGGGAAGGUCUACCGGGGCCGUCGCAAGUACUCGGGGCUCAUCGUCGCGCUCAAAUUCGUGACGAAGCAGGGCAAAAGCGCGCGAGAUCUCGAGAAUCUCCGCCAGGAAAUCAAUAUCCUCCGACGACUGAAUCAUUGCAACAUCAUUGCAAUGAUGGACUCGUUCGAGACGGAAGGGGAGUUCUGUAUGGUGACGGAAUACGCUCAGGGAGAGCUGUUCCAGGUCCUGGAGGACGAGCACAGUCUGCCUGAAGAAGAGAUCAGGAAGAUCGCCAUUCAACUCAUUCAAGCUCUUCAUGUUCUGCACUCGAACCGCAUUAUCCAUCGAGAUAUGAAGCCCCAGAACAUCCUCAUUGGCUCCAAGCAGCAGAUCAAGCUGUGCGACUUCGGCUUCGCCCGUGCCAUUGCACACGAUACGAGUCUGUUGAGGUCGAUCAAGGGCACGCCACUGUAUAUGGCUCCAGAACUAGUGCAAGAAAAGCCGUACAAUUACACAGUAGAUCUGUGGUCUCUAGGUGUGAUUUUGUACGAACUUGCAACAGGGAGACCCCCGUUCUACACAGACCGGAUAGUGUCGCUGAUCCAGAUGAUCGUACGCGACGAUGUCAAGUAUCCGUCCACAAUGUCUGCGGAUUUCCAGAGUUUUCUCAAGGGAUUAUUGAACAAAGAUCCCGCUCAGAGACUCAAGUGGCCUGAGAUCUUGAAACAUCCGUUCAUACAGGAAACACCUGAACAACUCGAGACCCGCCUUCAGCUCGAGCGACAAGUCCGUACUUUACCACGAUUCUUCCAGGAAAACGAGCUGCAUCAGCCUCCAGCAGACGAAAAUGAGGAGAAGGUGAAGCCGAGCGUGGAGCGUCUGCGUUCCUGUGACGAGUGGAAGAUAUGCGACCCAGAAACCGGUCGACAGCUGUCUAAACCGGAGAUUCCUGUUGAAAACACCACGGAAACGGAAGAUCUAAGUAACAAUCGUGAGCCUUCUUCACCCCCGGAACCUGCUAAACCGGUUCAUUCCGUGGCUCUGGAAAAUUUUCUCGUUGUUUGGGAUCGCGUCAGUCGAGAAAUGGACGUGAAACACGUGGAUGCAGAGCUUAUGAGCUCUCCGCUGUUCGCCAAUGCUGUCGAUCUGCUAUCGUCGAUUCCUACUCAUGAGUUCUCCAAUGAUAUUUUGUCAAAAAUCGGGUCUUUGCUCCAAUUGUUGUACCGAUCUUUGGUGCUGCAACUGAAGAAUUCCGACCAACUAACAGAAUUUGGCAGCUUGAUGCAGUCAAAAGACAAUAUCCACCGCUUUCUGACUCACGUAGUGGAGAUUAACGGGGCGCUAGAAUCCGACCAGGAACAAAUGAGUGACGUGAUUUACAAAUGUGUGCGAUGCUGCAUGAUCUGUACGACGAUCGUCAACUCUAUCGAUUCUGGAACCGAUUUAGAACAACUAGAUUACCGCGAGUUCUGCAAAAGUGACGUAGACGUGAUAUCUCUGGUGUUAACGUGCAAGGACGAAGUUGUGGCUGCUUCUCACUCGAAAGCUCUGAAAUGGCUCGGAUCAAUGAUCGAUCGAUCUCAAAAUCUCACAACAUUACUCGAGGUAGUGUACCCGUCUGGAGUGAUCCAAACCCUGUGCAAAAUCCUGCAUACCUCGGGUGUUUCACGGUCUCCUGGAGGCAGAAUCUCUAAAAGCGGUCGAGAUUUGGGUCUCUAUUCUGUGUUCGCAUUGGCUGCUUUCGUUCAGCCUGAUGCGAAGUGCUGGAGUCCUCUGCAGCCUUUCCCUGUACUGAGUUUAGUUCGUGACGAUAACGUGCCGAUGGAGAGCUCCAAUGUAAGACCCCUAUACAAACUGCGUGUUAAAGUCCACUCGGAAGUUGGCUCGCAGCUUCUUAGCAGUGGCGUCGGCGAACUGAUCGCUUUGCUCGGGGAUGAAAUUAGCGAACGCGUGCGACUGAAACAAAGCGAAGCCGAUGACGAAGAUAUUGGAGAAGAAGACGCAGACCAGUCCACUAUCUGUUGCAUUCUAAAGAUUCUCAUGCACUCGUGUCGGUCCUCUGCACCUCUCUCGAAGAAACUUACAGUCACGAAAAUUGUGUUCCAGAAACACCGCGACACAGAUAUUUUCACUAUUCUGCUCUGGGGGUUUUCAUCCGGAUGUUUACACCAGAUUGAGCAGUACUUUGCAACGGAAUUACUGUCGGUUAUCCUGCGUCGCGGUGUGCUUCCAAAGCGGCAAAUAUGGCGAUGCGCACAGACUUUGUUCCCAGUGCUUCACGCAGCGAACGACACGGCGUUGUUGAGUGCAUUGAGCACGUUUUUCGCUGAAAUCGUCGAAUCUUGCAACAUUGACGAGUCUGCACUUGGCAACAAUGACCCUGAUAAAUUAGAACCGAUGGAUAAGGAGCUGUGGAACCUGCUAGUCCAUGGAGCGCUCCCUUCGAAAUGUUCUGAUGCGGUUUUUCGAUUAUUCAGCAAUAAUUCCCCCGAGGAAGAUAGUAAAGCGCAGAUGCUCACAAGUUAUAAUAUUCGAGCACAGGGACUGCUGGACAGUGGAAUUGUAUUCUUACUGAGAGUGGCGUCGAAGGCUGCUCCAUUGCGAGAUGGAGCGACUCGAUCCGAUGAGAUGAAUAUGUUCAUGUCGGUUUUCCAACAUGAUCAAGCUUGGGAGGUGUUCGACGAAAUGAUGGCAACUGGCGGUGGAGAUCUCCUCUCGCCUUGGGGAUUGUUUUGCUUUCUCAAAUUAUUGCGUAUUGUGCGUGAAAUGCAAUGCAACGAGCCACAAAUGGAAAUCGCGGUCAACGAACAUCUUUUGCUGCAUUUGGUGAAUUUACUCGAGUUGAAACACAUUGAGUACCUUUUCCAGUGGCCAGAGAUCGUUGGAGGGGGCACCAAUGCCGUCAAGGCGCUUGUACAUGCCACUGUGAAGGUUUUGGGCAUUCCAUUUGCACACAGUGUAUCGGAGGAGCUCCUUGUGGAUACACAAGAAAUCCUGUACGAUGCCAAGUGCGUACAGAAACUGCUCGGGGUGCUCCGGUUCGUGUUCUCGACGAAAGAGCUGCAACUCGAGGCGUCAGUGCUAGAGCUACCGAUCAGCUUUUUGUCUCGACUCGUGACAAGUUCGACGCAUUUUGGGUCACAAUUUGUGGAAGCGGACGGAAUGCUGGUCAUUAAAGAGUGUGGGAUGUUGAGUGGCAACUGUUCACCCUCUUUAAUCAUCGACACACUCUUAAUAGUGAGUCAACUGGCACGCAGUUCCCAGAACAAUUACGACUGCAUUCUAAAAGCGGAUCUUUUAUCAGAGUUCUUCGAACUAACGCAGCACUCAGAGGCAAUGGUGCGUGCAAAGGCGUUGAACUGUAUCGGGAAUUUGUGCCGACACUCGACACUGUUCUAUGAUCAGUUCGUAACGCCACUAAACGGAAAAGCGUCAAACACGGUUCUGGCUGGAAUGAUCCGAGGGCUAUCCGACCCCGACAACUACGUUCGACGUUUCGCGUGUUUUGCCAUUGGCAAUGCAGCUUUCCACACUGGGGAAUUGUAUGACGCACUUCGUCCGGCGAUUCCUCUUUUGGUGCAGAACCUUCAUAAUGACGAGGAUAAAACACGCUCGAAUGCUGGAGGAGCACUCGGAAAUCUCGUUCGAAACUCGGACGAGCUAUGCGAGGCGCUCUGUAGUCACCAAGCCCCAUGGGAACUCUUCGAAUUGGCCAUGACGGAAACUAGCACGGCCUCGCGCCGCAUUGUGCUAUUUUCUCUUGGUAACUUUUGUGUGUAUCCUGAAUGCUUCAACUUCCUUGUUGAAGCGGAACCGGGAUUCGUUGAAGAACUGGAGCAUCUGUACGACGAAGUGGUCGCUGACGAGGUAUCUCGGCGAAACAUCCGCCGCAUCCUCGCAAAGAUCGAAGAGCUGGAUUAUGAAGAAGGGCAGGAAUUUUAAGAAUAAGGUGUUUUUUUUUACAUACAAGGUACUUAUUAUUAACGUAAAUAGUAGUACUUCGAAGUAGUAGAUAAGUAUUUGCUUAGUAAAUAUUAAAGGAACGACGAU